UGGUGAAAAAAAAAAUGAGAAAAUUAAAUAAAAGCGAAAAAAAUUAAAUCUUAAGUCUGAAGUAGUAUACUACGAAAAGAAAUUAAAGCAUAAAUCAGUUAAUUUGGAAAGUGAAGGUGGUUAAUGGUUAUCUCCCUCCAUUAUAAACCCCUCUCUCUCAUCCCUCUAAAAUCUAACAUAGAUGACUGCUGAUUUCCAGGAUGCAGCCACGCCAUACUCGCCGUCGAUCACUCGAGAGAAAUGAAGAAAGAAGUACAAGUGGUAGUGAAACUGGUAAUUGUAUGAGUUGGGCUGAAUUAUGUUGUUUGGGUUGCACCUGCCUGCAGCUGUUAUGGCCUAGGGUCGUUCUUCGAAAAUGGCUUAAUAUUUCUACUAAGGAUUCUGAUUUCAGUGCUGAUACUGAUAAUGAUGACUUCACUGAUGAUGAAAAUGACAAUAACAGCAAUUUUGAUGCUCAAACUUUUGUUGAUUCUGAUGUUGAUGCUCAAGACAAUCUACCACGAUUGAGACGGCGAAACUCUGAAACUUUCAGGGCUCAAUACAUUCAUAGAAAGGAAAUCAAAGUAUGUGUUGGGACAUGGAACGUCGGUGGAAAACUUCCACCUGAUGAUCUGGAUAUUGAGGAAUGGAUAAACGUCAAUGACCCUGCUGACAUCUAUGUACUCGGUCUCCAGGAAAUUGUUCCACUGAAUGCUGGAAAUAUAUUUGGGGCAGAAGACAAUCGACCAGUCUUACAAUGGGAAAAUAUCAUACGAGACGCACUUUGUAGAGUGCCAGCUAAAAAGAGCUACAAAAGCUACAGCGAUCCCCCUUCUCCGUCAAAGUUCAAGCCUAAAGAAGAUGAUCCUGACUUAGAGGAUGAGUUAUCACUUGAUUCUGAUAGUGGAGGGGAAGAGGAAGUGUAUCCUUUGGACGAGGAGCCUGCUGGAUUUUAUGAAGUUAAGGACAAAAUGGUCUGCAAUGAGGGAAUAUAUAAGGACCAUGAAGUUUUAAAUAGUGACGAGAUUCCAUAUUCAGCUUUUCAAGGAGAAAAAGGGUUUUUGAAACGGAUCUCUUCUCAAAAGAGGUUGGAAAGAUGGCAUAGCUUCCAGUCAAAUAUUCAGAAAGUAGGUGAUGAAUCUGUGACCAAGCCGGUGUCUUCAAAGUUAAAUAGAACUCUAAGUGGAACCGAAAGGAUUGGUUUGAGCUGGCCUGAGCCACCCUUAGAUUUGCUAGCUCAACGAGUUUUGGAGAGACCGACUUGUUUUAAGUCAGCAAAAUCUUUUAAGAUGUCCAAAUCUUUUAAGGCAUACAAUUCUUUCAAGAUUACUGGUGACCGCAGGGCAUUGUCAGAUGCUUCAGUACUUGCAGAACUUGAUCUUGAAUCACUCAUACAGCGGAGAAGAAGACCAGAGUAUGUGAGGAUAGCAAGUAAGCAAAUGGUUGGAAUUUUUCUUACAAUAUGGGUUCGUAAGGGCUUGCGCAAACGCAUUCAGAAUCUUAAGGUGUCUACUGUUGGUGUUGGUGUUAUGGGCUAUAUCGGUAACAAGGGAGCAGUUUCUAUCAGCAUGUCUAUAUACCAGACCCUUUUCUGCUUCAUCUGUACUCAUCUAACAUCUGGGGAAAAGGAAUGUGACCAGCUAAAACGAAAUGCUGAUGUAAAUGAAAUACACAAGAGGACUUUUUUUCGCUCUGAUUCAGGUCUGGGAGUUCCGAAAAGCAUUUAUGACCAUGAAAGAAUAAUUUGGCUGGGUGAUUUGAACUAUCGAAUCAACCUGUCAUAUGAAGAGACACGGAAGCUAAUAUCCCAAAAGAAGUUGUCUAAAUUGGUUGAGUUUGAUCAGCUUGUGAGAGAGUUGAGAAAAGGCCGUGUGUUUGAUGGAUGGUCCGAAGGUAGAUUAAAUUUUCCUCCGACCUACAAGUAUGAGAUGAAUUCCGAUACUUAUUAUGGAGAGGAUCCAAAAGUCGGGAGGCGUACUCCAGCAUGGUGUGACCGCAUUCUCUCAUAUGGAAAAGGAUUGAAGCUUAUCAACUACAGAAGAUCUGAACUCAAGUUGUCUGAUCAUCGACCUGUUACUGCGAUAUAUGAUGUUGAAGUCGAGGUUUUCUCUCCUAGAAAGUUACAGCGAGCACUUACAUUUACAGACGCAGAAGUGGAAAACGAAGAGAUUGUGAUCGACAACAGAAUGAAUGCGGCAUUGAGCCAAUUGAGACUGGAAGAGAUGCAGGACAUGGCUAAAUGGGGCCGCUAACUUUGGCUGUUUAAGGAUCGAUUAUAUCACAUGUCAUUUCUUUAGCCGUGUGGUUUAAUUCAUUCAUCAACACUAUAUUGUAGAUUGCGGUUAGCGUGGAUCAUCUUUCGUACUUUGUACAGGUUUUGGCAUAUAGAUAGAAGUUUGAGUACAUCCAUUCUUUUAACCGCCAAGUCGACGAAAUUAUACAUUCAAGGAACAACCAACCAAAGGAAUUUGGGUUAUUGGUAUAUUUUUGUUUGUAAUUGGUGAUAAAUCUAAUGCUCAAAUAUUGCAGAAGUUUUCAAUACUUUUGCAGUUGGUGAUGUAUUUUUUUGUUUGUAAUUUGAUGGAGUAUUUUGUAUUUGACAUAACAUUUGAUAUGCCUGUAAACUAACAUUCGAUGUCUGUAAACAAUGAAUCGGUUAACA